UCCACCCAGGCAUAUCGCGCACACACACAGAUAGAGAGAGAGAGUGACGUCAUGGAUGACGCAAGCGUACGAAGCCACCUGGAAAAUAAAAUGAUCGGAGGCGGUGCAUCGUAUAUAUGCGGUGGUGGUGGCAGAAUUAAUCGGCUGUAUUAUUUUUCCAAAUAUUUUUAUUUUUAAUUGAAGGAAUUACAAAAAAAUGGCAGGAAAAAAUAGCAGCGUAGUAUGUGUAACAGGCGCCGGUGGGUACGUGGCUUCAUGGCUGAUCAAGCUUCUCCUUUCUCAGGGCUACACCGUCAAUGGCACCGUCAGAAACCCUCGAGAUGAAAAAAAUGUUCAUUUGAAAAAACUCGAAAAUUCAGCCGAAAGGCUGAAAAUCGUAAAGGCAGAUUUACUGGAUUUCAACUCCGUUUUUGCGGCUGUUAAAGGAUGUGACGGAGUGUUCCAUGUUGCGAGUCCAGUUCCUCCAGGCUCCGUUCCAAAUCCAGAGGUGGAAUUGGUUAAGCCUGCUCUAGAAGGUACUAUUAACGUACUCAAAGCAUGCUCCGAGGCGAAAGUGAAACGAGCGGUAAUCGUUUCAUCAGUUGCUGCAGUUUACAUGAACCCAAAAUGGCCCAAGGAUCGAGUAAUGGACGAGACUUGUUGGUCGGACAUUGAAUACUGCAAGGCCAAUAACCAAUGGUAUUGUGUUUCGAAGACAGUGGCGGAAGCCGAAGCUUGGGAAUAUGCAAAUAAAACGGGGCUUAAUGUCGUCACUUUGUGUCCGACGCUCGUUUUGGGACCUAUGCUGCAGCAUGCAACAAACGCUAGCAGUUUGGCUCUCGUUAAGAUAUUGAGAGAAGGAUAUGAGGAAACGGAAAACAACCUCCGGAAAAUAGUAGAUGUGCGCGAUGUAGCCGAGGCCUUGAAAUUAGUAUAUGAAAAACCCGAAGCUGAAGGUAGAUACAUAUGCACAGCCCACGCGAUCAAGAAUCGGGAUUUAGUUCAAACUCUCAAGGAAAUCUAUCCGAACUAUAACUAUCCCAAGAGCUUCAAAGAUGGGGGAAAUAUGUCAGAAGUGAGUUCAGAGAAGCUGCAAAGGCUUGGCUGGAAGUAUAGGCCAUUGAAAGAAACUCUUGUGGACUCUGUUGAGAACUACAAACAGGCUGGGCUUUUGCACAAUUGAAUACAUCACUCGAUUCUCAUCACUCGAAUCUUUGUUUUCGCUUCGUUUUUUAAUCAGUACCCCACUGAGGCACGUUCGAGGUGUUACAUCGUAAUCCGAUUUCCGUGUUACAUUUGUUUUUAUGUUUUUAAAAAUGAAUAAAAUACCAUCAUAGAA